CUCCAGAGCAUCGCUGAGAAGGACAACAACCUGGUGCCCAUAGGGAAACCAGCGUCCGAGCAUUAUGAUGAGGAGGAGGAGGAGGAUGAUGAAGAUGACGAAGACAGUGAAGAGGAUUCAGAGGAUGAUGAGGACAUGCAGGACAUGGAUGAGAUGAAUGAUUAUAACGAAUCUCCUGAUGACGGGGAGAUCAACGAGGUGGACAUGGAGGGGGCAGAGCAGGAUCAGGACCAGUGGAUUAUCUGAUUCUGCCAUGGCCACACCAAAACGAAGGCUGGGGGAGAGCCCUCACCCACCCCACGGCUCUGGAGGGCAGUUUGGUGAAGCUCCUCCUGCUGUGGGUGCUGUGUGGGGUAGGGGGGCUCAGGGUGAAGCCCCCUGGGGGGGCUGGAGGGGAGACUGCCAGCCGGCACAGCGAGG